CCUACCUUUCUGCCUAACAUUUGCAUCAUCAACACCCCAAACCGCUCGCCCUCACGCGCUGUGGGCCUGUUUUUCAGAGCGGAGACCGAGAGGGGCCUCUCCCGGAAGCACAUCAUAGAAGGUCUGAAGGCCUCCCUGGAGCGGCUGCAGCUCGAGUAUGUGGACGUGGUGUUUGCCAACCGCCCGGACCCCAACACGCCCAUGGAAGAGACCGUGCGCGCCAUGACCCACGUCAUCAACCAGGGGAUGGCCAUGUACUGGGGCACGUCCCGCUGGAGCUCCAUGGAGAUCAUGGAAGCCUACUCGGUGGCCCGGCAGUUCAACCUGAUCCCGCCCAUCUGCGAGCAGGCGGAGUACCACAUGUUCCAGCGCGAGAAGGUGGAGGUGCAGCUGCCCGAGCUCUUCCACAAGAUCGGAGUGGGUGCCAUGACCUGGUCCCCUCUGGCCUGCGGCAUCGUUUCUGGAAAGUAUGACAGCGGCAUCCCGCCCUCCUCCAGAGCCUCCUUGAAGGUCAGCAGGGGUCGGGACGGGGAGGGGAGGGCCAGGGAUGGGCAUUUAGUAGAG